AUGGUCCGCGCUAUUAAAGGGACUUUGGUCGAGUGCGAGCCCUCAAUUAAAUCUAUCAUUGUCAGUAUCGAUAGCAAGAACAAUGAGUACAUAAUCGAGGAUCUUGACGAAUCUCACCUUGUAAUCAAAGAUAAUAUGGUGGCUCAGUUGAAGAUGGAACUCGAAAAGCGAUUGAAGGAGAACGUCCCCGAUGUAGAGGAUGACUCCGAUUCGGACCGGGAUGUUCAAUAA